AUGUAUUCAAGUUCCAUGAACACCAUCGCCCACUUUUGCAGACCCAAAUAUAGGGACAGGAAAUUUCACAUUUACAACCCUCAUUGUCCUCUUCGAAGGGGAAUCAUUUGUUAUUGCCGGAACGACACGAUAUUCGAGCACAACAUCCAUUCCUCUGGAAAACAUGAGCCACGAAUCAUUGUCCCGAAACAUCCGUCACGGACUUUCACAAAAAUGUCGUUCGUCCCCGUCAAAGGCAAUCGGAUCCUCCUAUUCGCAAAGUAUAGAGAGUUGAGAAUUGCCGAGUCCUGUCUACACCUAUCAAUCCAUGAAAUCCGCUCUGAUCAUCGUGUUGGUCCUGCUCUGUGGUCUUUCAAUGGUAGUGUUCGUGGUCGCUUCGAUAUUCGUCAUCUGAAGCUGAUAAAAUCCACCGAAAAUGAAUUGGGAAUCACUUUUUGGGUGCGAUUUGACGACCAUUGGAAGCUGUUCGACAUCUCUACUACCGUUGAAACUGAUGCCUCAAAUAAUCUUCCUCUAAUUGAGUCAGGGAGAAUUGAUUUUGAUCUAAAGUUGAAGUGGAAGCUGGAGUCGUUUGGGAGUCCCGUCAUGCUAUCCCCUGACACACGCAUUCUCCUAGACAUGGAUGUAGAGAGACGACACAAUGAAACAAUUGACAUUCACUAUUUGGAUCCUGUUGGUACAAACUUUUCCUUCGUUACCCGCCUGUCUAUUCCCGUUGCAGAAACAGAAUAUUCACCACAAUUUGCAUUUUCUGCCGAUGGGUCCAAGUUUGUUAUGGCUAUGGCUCGCGGCGGCGUGUUUGUUUGGGAUACCCGAAGCAAAGUGCCUUUACGGACAUUCACGGGAAACCCCUUGCUUAUCCAGCCUCAACAAUUCCUUCAAUUUAACAGUGGAAAUUUAGGAAAGGAAAUUCUCGUAUCUGUAGAGCACAAUCGUUCAGAUCUUGCAAUCAUUCAUGUGAUCGAUGUGACGUCGUUUGAGACGAAAGAAAGGCUUUUUUUAAAGACAGAAAAAUAUUUUCCAGUUACGCUUUUCUUCGAUCCAGACGGGAGAACUCUGUAUGCUGAACAUCGCGGAACACUCUACGAGUGGGACCUGCAAAAAAAUAAGACUGGCCCUGAAUGGUGGAGCGGGGAUGAGUAG